AUGAUGCUUUUAAGGUCUAUUAUAACCUUCCUUUUGUUCUUUCAGCUUUCGGUUGCAAAAGCCCCUCCAAGGAAGACUGCUAGAUUAAACACUCAUGAGAGGAGAGCUAUGUAUUCAUGCUAUGUGGGGUUACGUAAAGAACCGUGGGAAUUUAAUGGUUCCGCUAUAUGCAAAUAUGAGCCCGCGAUUCAAUCAAUGCUGUACUGUCUCUACGAGGACACGCAUGAUAGAGGGUAUUCGAAUAAAACUCUUGGGAAGGUUUUCGAAGAAAUGAGACAGUUUUGCGACACACCAAAAUUUUUGAACAUGACUGACGCUGAAUUUUAUGCCUCAUUGAAUAAUGGGACACAUUACAUUCGGGAUCAAUUCAAAACAAACAUCAAUCUAACCUUUCCUAUUGUACUAAAUUCUACGCUAAGAAAAGGCUAUUAUGACGCGUAUUAUGGAUUUUACUAUAAUCUUGAUAUGCCUCAUUAUUUUGGAGGAAUUAUUUGUGCUUACUUCGUGGGAGUUAUGCUAGUUGCAGGUUUAAUUCGGUUUUUAGAUUAUACUCCCAUAAAAAGAGUGAUUUUCAAGCAGAAGCUGAUCGAUUAUGCGAGAGGUUAUGUCACGUUACCUACUCUUUGGAAAAAACAUGCAGAGCCUUUCUCCUACCUAAAAGUGAUUACUGGCUACCUUCCCACUAGAUUCGAGACUUUGGUUAUUUUGGGAUACCUAAUACUUCAUACCAUUUUCAUGUCUUACAAAUACCAGUAUGAUCCUUACCACAUCAUUUUCCCAGCCCAUAAAGCAGAAGUGGCCGAUUUUGUUGCAUUUAGGAGCGGUAUACUUUCAUUUGCACAUUUACCGCUCAUUGUCCUAUUUGCAGGGAGAAAUAACUUUCUACAACUUAUUUCGGGUUUAAAAUAUACUUCGUUUAUCACGUUCCACAAGUGGGUUGGAAGAAUGAUGUUUCUUGAUGCCGUGAUUCACUCUGCAGCUUUCACCUACUAUUUCGUGUUUACUAACCGAUGGGAGGCUGCUAGAAUAAGAACUUAUUGGAAGUUUGGCGUUACUGCCACCUGUUUAGGGGGAAUAAUAAUUUUCUUUUCCUUUGGAGUUUUCAGAAGACACUUUUAUGAAAGUUUUCUCCUCCUCCAUAUCGUACUCUCUGCUCUAUUUCUUUAUGCCUGUUGGGAACACGUUACAAGUAUUGGAAGUAUUGAGUGGGUUUAUGCUGCAGUAGCAAUUUGGGGUGUUGACAGAAUUGUACGCAUCGUUAGAAUUAUUCUCUUAGGAUUCCCAAAAGCCGACUUGAAAUUAGUUGGUUCUGAUUUCAUUCGUGUGACAGUAACCAAACAAAAAAACCUCUGGAAAGCAAAGCCAGGCCAGUAUGUGUUUGUCUCUUUCUUACGUCCGUUGUGUUUUUGGCAGUCGCAUCCGUUUACAGUUAUGGAUUCGUGCGUAAAGGAUGGAGAAUUGGUUAUUAUUUUGAAAGCAAAGAAGGGUGUGACAAAACUGGUAAAGAACCACGUCGAGCGUGAAGGUGGAAGAACUUCCAUGAGGUUGGCUAUCGAAGGUCCAUAUGGAUCCAGGCCCUCUGCCCAUCACUUCAACAAUGUCUUACUUUUGGCAGGCGGAACAGGUCUCCCCGGUCCGAUUGCCCAUGCUAUUGAGUUAGGAAAGACAACGGCUGCAAGUGGAAAAAAUUUUGUACAGCUAGUCAUAGCAGUUAGAGGAUUUGAUAUGCUCAACGCGUGUAAGCAGGAACUGAUGGCUUUGAAAGAUCUGAAUGUUCAGGUUGAUAUUUACAAUUCUAAGCAGGAUGCAACUCCAGGUGAACUAAUCAUUUCAAAUGUAUCCAAAAAUGACGAAAUAGUGAUAGAAAACACUCCUUCUGUUGCCAGUAAUUCAGAGAAAGCUCUUUCUGAAAACGAAAAUACGGAGCAACCCCUCUCUGUAAGUGACACGUCCAGCGCCGAUUUUGAAUUUGCCACUUUCCAUGCGGGAAGACCUAACGUUGCAGAAUUGUUGAAGGAAGCGGUCAGCCAUCCUGGUUCACUUGCAGUGGUGUGUUGUGGUCCGCCCGUUUUUGUUGACACUGCUAGAAAUGAGACUGCCAAAGCUGUAAUCAGAAACCCAUCAAGUGUAAUCGAAUACUCAGAAGAAUAUCAAGCGUGGUAA